AAGCAAGCAAGCGAGCGGCACGGAGUGUACCUCCAGUGCGGAGGUGACAGCAGAGAAUGGAAACGAGGCUCCAGAGGCGAGCUGAGACAGCGGCGAGCGAGGAGAAACCACUCAGCUCUUUCCCUCUGGAGCAAGCGUGUUGAAAGAAAUCGGGAGGAAUUGAACUUUUUCGGGAGCAUAAGGAAAGGAAUGGCUGAUCCUCUGCGGAGGACUUUACUAGCGAAACUCCGUGGGAAAAAAAACAAGAAAGGAGAAACGCUCGGCGCUGGAUUGGGCUCCACUGUUGCUGCGAAUGAGGGCCGAGAAGGUAAAGAAAAAGUUUUGCAAAUGCAGCGAGACUCCGUCGAGGCUCGCCCGGUAGUCACGCUAUCAGGCCUGGAUUACACGGCAGAGAGAAUGAGCACGUACGAGAAUUGUGUUGACGGGCCGGUGGUGCAAGCCCCGGGGGUUGAGUUGCUCCGGCUGGGUCGGUCAGAGGAGUUAGCCGGCUCAUGUCCGCCGUUGCUCAGCAGCGGGGGCAGGGUUCGGGUUAAUGGCCAGCUCCCAGGGGUCUCACUUCAAAGAGAGGUGCAGUUUGCGGGACAUGCGAUUACAGGGGCUAAUACGAGCCACUGGGAGCCAGCGUGUGAUGACACGAUCAUAAUUUCAGGAGGGGUGUCCUUUGGAGACACACAUGCCCAGAGAAAACACUUCAUCUCAGUCCCAUGGCAGUGCAGCGUCGGGGAUUCAAUUGGCUUCGGGGACAAUUCCAAUAUUUUUUAUUCUUAUGCACAAACUGUGAACUGCACUACUUCCGAUUGUGAGCCCCCGGCCCAAGGACAAUCUCAGCGUAUGUCAAGAACUGUCGCUGCCAUAAAUAUACAUAAUGCCAACAACCAAAGUUUGAAGACACCAGUGCUUACAAAUCCAGUCAAUAAGCAAACAGAAGAAACCCUCAUUAGAACAAUUGAAACCUAUGACCUUGCAUAUUCUGGCGACUUCAGGGGCCCUCUGCAGAGCCCAGCCUUCUUCCCAACUGAGCUAGAAAUAUGUGACAUUAGCUUGGCAUCCAUGUGUGAUACUAAGGUAUCACUCAAGCGUCCUUUAGACAGUGAAGAUGAGGAUUAUUAUGAUAAUGAAAUUCUGCCUUUCUAUGAAACUAGGGUAAAAAAUUCAAGUGAUAAAGGAGAUGUUGCGGCGCUGCCCCAGAUAGGUCAGGAUGAACGACAUGCUGAUGACAUGCAUCCUGCUCAGGAAACAGACAGGCUUAGGAACCAGUUGAAAGAAGCAUAUUAUCUCCUGAUAAAUGCUAUGAAUGAUAUCAAUUUGGACCAGCAGGCCAGUGCUGGUUUAACUGAGCAUCAAACAACCUCUUCUUGCAGUAGCCAGUCUAGGGAUAGCUUGUGCUCAAGGUUGUCGGCCAGAAACAUGGACAGUGACUCGUGGUCCUCUGGAGGUGAACACAGCCCUCAGCAGGUAUCUGACACCGAUUCCUUGCUACUGUGCAUUGGUGAAAACAUUGAGGCUGGUCUCAAACUGAGGCUAAAAUGUAAGAGCAUGGUGAAUCUGCCUUUAGCUAAGAUAAAAUCUACUUUAGUGCGCUGUGCUAGUGACAGAGACAUCAGGUAUCCAGGAGGACCUUUACAGUGCACAAAUGUACAUAGAACCAGUCCAGUCGUGUGUGAUGAUGAAAUUGUUUCCGAACUAAAAUCAAAUGAAGACAGUGAGGAUGCAGACAUUAUUAGAGUGGGCGAGCUUUCAAAAACUCAGGUUGCCUUCAGUGACGCCAGCUGUGGGAGGCUUUCUCAAGUAACUGCUGGCAGGAACCUUGUUGAAAGUAGUGGUUCCAUCAAUAGCCUUACUGAUUCCUCAGACAGCAACCUAGAGGGAUUUUUAGUGCCUCCGGGUCAUGAUAACAAACAGCAGCCAACUGAAGUUCCAACACAGGGGACCAACACACUCAGCAAAGGCAAUGGUGUCACUGUCAACAAGAUGCAACAGUGGAUGCACAAAGGCCGCCUGUUGUCAUCUGAAAUGAAGCAACGAAUAGAAGGUUCAUCUUCAUCCUGUGGAAGGAGCCAAAGCAUUGAGCGUCCUUCUCCUGAGGCGAGUCUGAGUGGACCAGGGGUCCAAAUGUCCAGCCAAGCGGUAAAAUCCGUCAAGUCCCCUGCAAGCAAGACACCGCAGCACUCAGCUCUCAUUGAGAAUGUCCAAACUCAAGAGGCUUCCAGGGCCAUUGAGCUUUCAGCAAGGCGACCACACCUCCACAGCAUCACGGUCGCGAAGAAGCGCAACUGGCUGCAGCAGAGCACACUUGGAAAGAACCAUUGCAAUAAGGAUGAGCUGCAAGGCAUGCUGGGACCUGAGGAGGAGGGCUACUUGGGGUAUCCACAGCUACCACCGCCAUCGAGUCCUUCCUCAGAACAAAUGAGUUCAGGGGCACCAGUUUCACAUCCAUCGCACCUGAAUGUACACAAGGUGAGCGGGUUGCCUGACCACAAGAGUGUGGACCCAGCAGAGGAGAAUGAUGCUGACGAUGAAGGCGAGAUCUGGUACAACCCGAUUCCUGAGGAUGAUGAGCUCGAGGUGUCCAACAGACCCACUGUCCGGCUGCUUGCCCCCUGUCAUGCUGAGCCUCGUAGAGGACGAGAUGCGGGUCAAAACACAAGGAUUCUGGAAACUAGUGGUCCAGAGUCACUCGGAGAAAGCAGUUCAGUGGAUGGCAGUCAAGGAAAUGAUGUCCUACAUCUGCACAGACAGGUGCUUGCUUCUAAACCUCAAGAGGAGGGAGGUCCUUUCACCAGCAAAUCAAUAGAUGUUCCUGGCUUGCCAAAUAUUGUUGGAUUCUCCCCUCCUUCCAGCCCAAACCCUACUAAGAAAAGCAGUUCUAUUAAUUGGUCAUUCCCAGACAAGAUUAAGUCCCCGCGCACCGUCAGGAAAAUCUCGAUGAAGAUGAAGAAGCUUCCAGAACUAAGCAGGAAACUCAGCGUUAAGGGUCAAAGCAGUAGUAACGGCAAUGGAGGUGGUCAUUUAGAGCCCAGAUCCCAUUCACUUCGAGCCACAAGUGGAGGAUCAGAGGCCACUUCUGGAAGCUCAGGCACUCAACGAUUGGUUGUGUCUGGUGUUGGGCUUGCCAGCCGAAAUGUGAUCUCACGCUACCACUUGGACAGCAGUGUGUCCACACAGAACAGCUUCAACAAGAAGAAAAACAAUGGCAGCUCCAAAUCUGCCAGUAAAGGUGGAUACUUAAGUGACGGUGAUUCACCAGAGCUGGUGGCUAAAUCUGCGAAGCACAGUUCUGUUGAAGGAAAGGGAAACAGAUGUAGGGAUGUUGAAGUACCUAGUGGAAGCUCAAAACUUAAUGGUACAGAUUUGGACAUUGAUGCUUUCCGACAUUAUAGUUUCACCGAGCAGCCCAAGUGUAGCCAAUACAUCUCUGGAUUGAUGAGCUUGCACUUUUACGGUGCUGAGGACCUCAAACCGCCUCGAAUCGACUCUCGUGAUGUUUACUGCGCCAUCCAAGUGGACUCAGUUAAUAAAGCACGGACUGCACUCCUUACCUGUCGAACUACCUUUUUGGGUAUGGAUCACACCUUCAACAUUGAGCUGGAGAAUGCCCAGCAUUUGAAGCUUGUAGUGUUCAGCUGGGAGCCCACUCCAAAACGAAAUCGUGUUUGUUGUCACGGCACAGUGGUCCUACCUGCACUCUUCAGGGUAAUACGUUCUCAUCAGCUAGCAGUUAAACUGGAGCCUCGCGGUUUAAUAUAUGUCAAGUUGAACCUGAUGGAGCAGUGGCAGAACUCUUUGGAUGGAGGACCAGAUGGCAACAGGGAGCCCCAGGUCUUUGGUGUGGAGGCGUGGAGGGUGGUCGAGAGGGAAGACACGGGACUUAUGGUGCCGCUGCUUAUAAGCAAAUGCAUCAACGAGAUUGAGAAACGGGGUUGCCAGGUGGUGGGACUUUACCGUCUUUGCGGUUCUGCAGCUGUAAAGAAAGAGCUACGAGAGGCAUUUGAAAGGGACAGCUAUGCUGUGGAACUAUGUGAAAACACCUAUCCUGACAUCAACGUAAUUACAGGCGUAUUGAAGGACUACCUACGAGAGCUGCCCUACCCUUUGAUCACCAAGCAGCUGUAUGAUGCAGUAUUGGACUCUAUGGCCGCCAGACCUCUGAGGAUGGGAGCAGCGGGCUGUGAGAACGACCACGCUGACUCGGAGCACACUGUCAGUCUUCUGGAAAACUUGCCGGAGGUGGAGAGGAUGACACUUCGAAAGCUUCUUGACCAUCUCAAGUUGGUGGCGUCCCACCAGGAAGUGAACAAGAUGACAUGUCAGAACCUGGCGGUGUGUUUUGGUCCGGUGUUGCUCAGCCAGCGUCAGGAGGCAUCCUGUCACAGUAACAGAGUCUUCAUCGACUCCGAGGAACUCGCCAGUGCGCUGCACUUCAAAAAGCACAUUGAAGUAUUGCACUACUUGCUCCAGCUCUGGCCAGUUGGUGACUCUCAGGAUCCGUCCUCCUGGCCUGAAACUUCAGACUCAUUCACGGCCCCUCCCUUACGGCGGAAAAAAGAGCGUCCCCAGGUGUUGAACUUUACUGAGGCAGAAAUGGUGGGUGUUCUACGACCCAAACUGGGCCGUUUGGACAGCCCGAGCAACCGCUACGCAGGCGACUGGAGCGGCUGUGGCGAUAGCUACUUCUCCUCCGACAUUCUGCUGGUCCCUCAAAGCAAGGAGGAGGCUGACUAUGACGACGUUCCCUCAGAGGAUACGGACGAAGCUGACGAGGGGCUAAAAAAGCCUGAGGAAGCAGAAGUCACCGCGCGGGAGGAGGUCACGAGCCCUUCACAAUGUCUUGCCGAGCAGGUGCGGACUCUGAGCGUGGAUGUGGCGAAGGAGGAGGAAGAGCAGCCAGAUGGUAAUGAUGAUGAUGAUGGGGUGGUGAUGGAGGAAGCAAAGGAGGAGGUGAAAGAUUGUUCCAGCAACUGCGAGCAUUUAGAGGAAGAGCAAGAGGACAAGGAAAGUGUGUGCGAGCACAUCUUGCCUCCACGACUGCACAGGGAGCAUGCAUACCAGGCUUACAUGAAGAUCCAGGACAUCAGCCCUGUGCUGAGCAACAGGGUGAACCUGAGAGACCUUCAGGAGAGUAUUGACACUCUCAUAGGGAACCUAGAGAGAGAACUCAACAAGAACAAGCUUAAUGUUGGAUACUGAUUCCUCUCACAGGAACUUGGGGGGCUUCUCUAAAAGACAUUGAGGUUGGACAGUGUUCCUGUAAUGGUAUCAUAAAAAUGGGACAAAUCUAUGAAAUCAUUUUAAAUUAAAUGAUAUUUAACAGGGCACUUCUUUCCCAGAGACAUUCCUUCACAUUUUUCUUUUACGCCCACUGUGCCCUUCGUCUUAAUAUUGUCCUUAAAGCUCUAGUUUCAUGUUUCACGGCUUUGCUUUUCUUCUUAUUAGAAGAACCCAUUGACCCCUCAGGGGCUUAAAAGGUGCCUUAAUUGUGUGAAGGUGGUCCAUCACAUGCAAAAUCCACCCUGAAAUACCUAAUAUUUUCUCUGUUAUGAAGACUUGGAUGCUUUUCCACUGAGUUUGAAAUAAUAAGCUGUAUAAUAUUGUAUUUCUGUGUCUGAGUAAAUCACCAGAGUAGUAUAGAAUACGAAGCUGCCUGGCAGAAUUUGAAGCGUACAUCGAGUUUAUUAAAUGUAUUAGUUUCAAACUAAAACAUCUCUGUGCUCCCACAGAUAUUUUUUUCCUGGCAGGCUUCUAAAGCAACAUUUGUCAUGGAGCACUUCCACAACCUUUCAACAGUAGGAAAAAAUUUCAGAAGCAUUAGAACUUCCAUUAAGUAUUUAUUUCCAACCAGAACAGGCAAUUGGAUAUUAAAAAUGUGCUGAAAAAAAUUCAUCUGGUACAUAAUUUUACCCAUUGAAGAAACAUGUUCAAGGCCAGCAUUAGUAAGUAGACCAGACUUCUCAUUUCUCAUGUUUGGUAGAACAACUUUAAAUAUUAUACUGUACCUUUGUGAAUUGAUAUGGGCCAUGAAUCUAAAUGUGCACUAUCCUAAACCCGGGGUGUCAAAACGUCAGUGAAUCAAAUCCAAACAACCAAAUUCAAUAUCCUCAUUUAUCAUCCAAAAUGUGAACGGACUGUCCUGAAAUGUGUUCCCAAGAGGGUUUGUACAGAAUGUAUCGGACUCUUCAUCGUCUAAUUGCCUGUUUGAGCUAGCAAAGAUAGAAGACUCAUUCCGUUCUCCAACAAAGAAUACAUUGACAUUUUACAAAAGAUUUACAUUUAACUUAUACAUUUAUAGAGUGGGGUGUGAUUUCAUUUGUCAUCAUUGUUUUCUUAGUUUAAGUACUGUAAUGGGUUUAAACUACAAUUUUGGAAAGCACACACUGUACGAGUUUAGUAAAUUUUAUAUAAAAAUUAAUUUAUAUAAUUUAAAUUGCAUCAUGCUGUAUACAAUUGAUGUAGAGAAAAAAAAGGAAAUUAGUUAAUGUAUUACUUCACAAAAUACAAUACGAUUAAAUUUUUUUUUUUUUUUUUAAGUUUUUUUUUUUUUUUUUUAAAGCCGUGGAGUCUGUAGCAGAGAAACAGAUUGGUUAGUAAAGGUGACAUUAGAAUACCUAAAAUUCUGUACAGCAUAAACUUCAUAAUAUAUAUUGACAGGGCCCGGGGCUGAUUAAUAGGGGGUCUAUCUCCGUCAAAGCUGACCGAGUCGAAACAGACAAAGAGCUUUGUACGUUGAAAAUUCUUUUGAAUAAAUGCUUAAAUCCCUGAAUUCUUUAUAGAUAUGGACGUAAAACAGUCUCGAUUCUUGGUUAAAAGCAAAAAAAAUAAAUAAAAAAACAGGCAGUUAGCAUUUAUUUUACGUAAAUGUGUCGAAUGUGCUGCUAGUCUUUAAGCCACUGUGGCACUGCCAUAUCACCACAAGGAGCUUUUUACAUUGAAAAUUCUUUCGAAUAAAUGCUUAAAUCCCUGAAUUCUUUAUAGAUAUGGACAUAAAACAGUCUCGAUUCUUUGUUAAAAGACCAAAGAACCAGACAGUAAGCAUUUAUUUUACGUAAAUAUGUCGAAUGUGCUGCUAGUCUUUAAGCCACUGUGGCGCCGCCUUAUCACCACAAAGAGCUUUUUACAUUGAAAGUUCUUGUGAAUAAAUGCUUAAAUCCCUGAAUUCUUUCUAGAUGUGGGCGUAAAACAGUCUCGAUUCUUGGUUAAAAGCAAAAAAAACAGGCAGUUAGCAUUUAUUUUACGUAAAUAUGUCGAAUGUGCUGCUAGUCUUUAAGCCACUGUGGCGCUGCCAUAUCACCACCACGAGCUUUUUACGUUGAAAAUUCUUGUGAAUAAAUGCUUAAAUCCCUGAAUUCUUUAUAGAUAUGGACAUAAAACAGUCUCGAUUCUUUAUUAAAAGAGCAAAGAACCAGGCAGUUAGCAUUUAUUUUACAUAAAUAUGUCGAAUGUGCUGCUAGUCUUUAAACCACUGUGGCGCUGCCAUAUCACCACCAUGAGCUUUUUACGUUGAAAAUUAUUGUGAAUUAAUGCUUAGGUCCCUGAAUUCUUUAUUGAUGUGAAUGUAAAACAGUCUCCAUUGUUGAUGAAAAGCAAAAAAACGGGCAGUUUUCUAUUAAUUUACGUAAAUAUUGUAAAUUAUUAUGCCAAUGCCGUAGUGGUUAAUUUCUCCCAUUGAUUUUUUCCACAAUGUUUCAAAAUGCAUGCAUGAUACGAUAAAUAUAAUAAUUACUGUAUUUUUCGGACUACAAGUUGCACCUGAGUAUAAGUCGCACCAGCCAUAAAAUGCCUAACGAAGAGGAAAAAAACAUAUAUAAGUUGCACCGGAGUGUCGCAUUUAUAGGGGAAAUUUACUUGAUAAAAUCCAACGCAUAGAACAGAUAUGUCAUCUUGAAAGGCAAUUUAAUAUAAAAAUACAAUAGAGAACAACAUGCUAAAUAAGUGUACAGUAUGAUGUUACAUGAUGUAUGAACAACGAAAUGUGAAUAUAAUGUCGUCACCAGGACGCUACGGCUCGGUCCUGGCUAUAAAGUGAGCUAAACUCCCAAAUGACAAUGCUAGACGUCCGUAUAAUUUGCUAAAUCAAUUUCGUCCUCGACACCAAACAGGUUCACAUCAACGUAAAUAAAUGAUAAUUAGGUGCUAUUACAGCAAUGACACAAACGGUUAGCAUGCGUUUGCUAGCAUUAGCACAUCGUUCAAAAAAUCACACAACUGGCUCUAAGUGUCCGAUCGUGGGUGGAGAACACACAUCAACAGAAAAGAUGAUACACACAGGCGUUGCCUCUGUAGAGAUAUUUUACAAGCAUAAACAAUGAACGUAGGUUUGCAACCGUGUUUCUCUCUCGCUAACUCGCCCACUUUCUUAAAGCUGCGUAGCUGUCCGUCUUCUGGCAUGUGAGCGUUCUUCUUCGCGUAAACAAGUGCGAGUGCGCCCCCACUUGGGUGUGAAAGCGCCACAAACUAAAAGCAUGCAUUUCAAUAUAAAAAAGUCAGUAAUACAAUUGAACACACAUUGCCAAAGGCAGAACGCGAACGUGGCCAUUGCUAUUAAGAGUUAUUCAGAUAACUAUAGCAUAAAGAACAUGCUAACAAGUUUAUCAAACCACCAGUGUCACUCCAAAACAUUAAAAUAACACGUGAAAUUAUAUCAUGAUGUGUUAAUAAUUUCACACAUAGGUCGCUCCUGAGUAUAAGUCGCACCCCCAGCCAAACUAUGAAAAAAACUGUGACUUAUAGUCCGAAAAAUAUGGUACUUUGAAUUCUCGAACAAAUCACUCCUGAGACAAUCCUUCCCGUUUGUAUGCGGUACAGCUUUUGUACUUUUUCACAACCUAAAUCCAGCGUUGGAUCACUGCAUUUGUUUGAGAAUAACUGCGACCGACUGAAGCGGAGUGUGGGACGGCCCCGUACUUGAAGGCGUGGCACAGUGUCUGCGGAUUGUGUUCCGUCAAUAUCAUUAUGAAGUCUAUGGGUACAGCAGUUUUUCUAUAAUUGCUAUCCAAAGGUAAAUUUUUACUUGCCAAUUUGGGGCAAGAUGUUGGUUAAUACUGGUACGAAAAUAAUAUUUAAGGAGAAGUUGAUCAGAUGUGACUAAUGAACAAAUUAAUUGUCAUUAGCAUCUCUGAAAUAUCACAUUUGAUACUGCCUCACUGGAACAAAGUGUUGUUUCCAUACAUGGCCAAGCAGUCCUUGUUUCACAAAAUGCUUUCCCUUAUCGCAUUAUAAUAAGAUUUGUAAACAUAUAAAAUUCAUUCACUAUUUAUUUACCAUGGUCCAAUUUCCCAUGAUUGAUUUGGGGUCUAACCAGGUCAGCAUCCAAAUCUGUAACAAUAAGUGAAUACACUUAUCCAGAUACUUAAUAUUUGGAUAUAUCAGUCAUUUAUGCUUCAACUUUUCUCAGAUCUUUGGCAAAAUGGUGAAAGAGACACUUUUAAAUGUGACAAUUAGCUGCCAAUAUAGACAAUGUAUGUUUUUAUUAAUCCAGUGACGAAUCGCGACUACAGUAGUCAGUAUUUAAACUAUAUGGACACGUAUUUAAUAAUAUAAUUGUAUUUGGUGUACCGGUGUGUGUGUUUGUCUAAGAUUAUCUAUCUAUCUAGAUAUAUAGUACAUACACACACACUCACAUAGUAUUUCCAUUAUGUAUGUAUGUAUUUAAAUGCUUCUAACCUCAUAGUGUUAACUUUAGAGUAGUUUCUUUUCUCUCCGUCAGGCUACCUGUAAACAUCUUUAUGUGCUGGACAAAUGGUACAACUUAAUUUGUACAAUGUAAGAUAAAGCUGUUAUUUUUGUUAUGUACGUUGUGUAUAUACGUAGUUGAUCUUGUCUCAUGUGAACUGAGCUGUGUUCAGCAUUCUUGGUAUUGAGACAUAUUUUUUAAGGUACUGAACGUUGCAUGGUCAAAAGCUUUACUGGCAUAAAAUAAGGCUUCCUCGUCUGCCUUUGUAUUCAGUAUUUAUGUGUAAAAAGACAUUUUGUAAUGUAAGCUUAUUUGUUUGUCACAAUGGUUCCUCAAUAGAAUUGACUUUGUUGUUUAUUUUUUUUCUCCAGAGGACUUCCUAUACUAAUACAUAUACAAUACUUAGUCCUUUAAGUUCAUUCAACCUAACUGCCUAACUGUGUAAUUUCAUUCCUAUUAACUUUAACUGUUUGUAUUAAUUUCUAGGCCAAGCAAGAAAUGUAAAUUAAGGGGCGUAGAUAUCUAGGGUGAAAUUUGAUUCAUUGUGAUAUUCAUUAUUUUUCAUUUUUGCAGAAAUUAUACCUGUACAAAUAUAGCAUUAAAUGAAUGAUGAUUAUGGCAUCAUAUUAUAUUGCAAUGGUUUGUGCUGGCCUGAUUGUAUUCCUUGGGCAACACAAAACAAGUGCAAAAGCCACUAAAUUUGAUACCAUUGCAGCCAGUGUAACUCAAGACUGUCUUUAUUGACAUCUUGGUCUAUUCUCAAAAUAGCGUGUAUUACAGCUGAAUUUUCAAAUCGUUUUGUCCUCUGGAGAGAAAAUGCCACAUGAAAAGUAUCGCAAUAUGAAAUAAAAUAUUACUUUGUGUUGAUCCUGAGACACAUAUGAUCAUAAUAAAGUAUAUUAUUUUGUGUGCUGUGUGUACGUAUGUGUGUUAACCUUUUGUUAUUGUUUUAUAUACUGUAAUCUUCGGACUAUAAGCCGCUACUUUUCCCCCCCUCGUUUUGAAACCCGUGGUUUAUAGUCCAGUUCGGCCUAUUUGUUGAUUUAUUUGGGUUGAUGGGUAACAAUUUGACAGCGGCGUCAUAAGACAGUCGUAAUUGUGAAAUGACACUAUCAUGGGUAUUAAUGAAUGCUUGUGACCAAGGGUGUAGGUUUGGUCUCAACAUUGGUAGGGACGCUAUAACAGCAUAACCCACAUUUACCUAAAAAUGAAAAAUGUUAAAAUUGUUAUUUUGCAAAGGAGAAAAUCGGGGAGAUCCCCCUUUCUUCAUAUAAAGGACAUUUACAAUGGU